AUGAACGCCUGCGACCCUCAGGCGGACAAUCUCUUUGGUCCCCAGGUCGUCUCGUGCCGGGAUGGACUUGAUUUCACUCUUCUGUUUGAACAGUGUGUCCUGUCGACUGUGCCAUCGGCACUUAUUUCGGUAGCUGCGACAGGUCUUAUUUGCCAUUUACUGGGACAAGAUGACAAGACUAUACCUGUGACGAAUUGGUCGUUCCGGCUUGCCAAACAGAUCCCAGGCUUGGCUUUUGUAGCUACUCAAGUUGCGCUCGUCGUUUUAUGGUCUUCCCCCGCGAAUCAUCCGACCAGGUUCUCAAUACCCUCAGCUGCCCUCUCCCUAUCUGCCGGACUCUUACUAUCGGUCUUGUCCUUCUUUGAGCACAGCAGAUCUGUCCGGCCUUCGAAUCUUCUCAACCUCUACUUGGCCUUUUCCAUUCUUCUUGACGUCGCUCAAUGCCGCACGCUUUGGUUGAGAGACGGCAAUGUGUCCGUUGCUGCUGUUUUCACCGUUGGGGUCGUUCUGAAGCUCGCAUUCCUCGGAGUGGAGAUGAUAGAAAAGCGCAGCAUUCUUAAAGCGCCCUACUCUCUUUAUCCACCAGAGGCCAUCGCAGGACUCCUUAAUAGGAGCGUCUUUUGGUGGAUUAAUUCUCUGCUCAUCAGUGGAUCGUCCUCUACGCUAAGGCUGGAUGAUUUAUUCGUCCUAGACUCCAAGCUGAGAUCGGAAAACAUUCAGCCGGGUUUCCAACACCAAUGGGAAUCGAAGAGUAAGGGAAAGCCCUCACCGAACAUCCUCCUACUUGCAUCGCUGAGAUACUUUUGGCAAAAGAUUACUAUAAUCGUUCUGUUUCGUCUUGCGCUCAUUGGGUUUAAAUUCAGUCAGCCUCUUCUUGUGAAUCGAGCUGUCAGGUUAUUGCAAGAACCAGAGUCGCUGGAGAAGACGAACACGGGGCGAGCGUUGAUCGGCGCGACAUCGCUCAUCUACAUUGGCAUUGCGUUGACGACGGGAGCGUUUCGCCACAACAUCUAUCGCCUAAUCACCAUGGUUCGUAGCGCAAUUGUCGGCGUUGUCUAUCGCACAACCCUUGGCAUCGAUGCGGACGCAGCCAAUGACUCGGCUGCGCUCACACUGAUGAGCACAGACGUAGAGAAUAUAGCUUCAGGCUUCGAGGUAUUUGAUAGCCUGUGGGCGGAUCCCAUCGAGAUUGUCAUUGCCGUCUAUUUGCUGUACAAUGAGAUUGGGCUUGCCUUCAUUGCGCCAAUUGUAACGUCAUUGGUCUUCGUGUUGGUCCCGAUUGCCUUGGGCCAAGUUUCCGCCUCUGCGCAAAAGGAGUGGCUGGAUGCAAUCGAGGGGCGUGUUGCGGCGAUUGCUUCCAUCUUGUCCAACAUGAAGGGCGUCAAAAUGAUGGGGCUCUCGGAUCUGGCCUUCGAUAGGCUUCAAUUGCUGCGGGUUGCUGAGCUUCGCGUGGCGGGAAAAUUCCGCAAGAUGCUGGCGCUGUCUAUCGUGAUUGGGUCCAUGUCUCACGUGGCUAUUCCUGUCAUCGCCCUGAUCGCUCAUGUGAUUAUCAUACGUGCCCAAGGGGUGAUGGACCUCAGCGCGGCCAAGGCAUUUACGACGCUGUCACUGGUGUCGCUUCUGGCCUAUCCCAUCCAGAACAUGGCAAAGGCAAUCCCCAAGCUUGCUGCCGCGGCUGGAUGCUUCCAAAGAAUCCAGAAAUACAUCACCAGUACCCAGGACAAGGCUGAGGACCAGCCGAACGACCAACUUGAACCGAGUACGGAUUCCAAGGCCAUGCCAACGACCGACAUUGAUUGCGAAAAGGGGAUUAUACUAUGCGCCAGAAAUGCCAGUUUCGUAACCAGGUCUACAAAAAUUCCUGUUCUUCUCAAUGUUAAUUUAUCCAUUGUCAAGGGAACUUGGACCAUCGUGACUGGGCCGGUUGGCUGUGGGAAAAGCUUACUUCUCCUUGCCCUUCUAGAUGAGCUCCAUCUUGCUAAAGGUUCUAUUCACCGUCACGGAUUGCUUGAUAGUGGCAUUGGCUACUGUGCUCAGGACCCCUGGCUGCCGAAUCUCACUAUACGAGACGUGAUAUCCUCAAACAAUCUCGGAGAGAUCGAUGAAGCUUGGUAUGAGGCUGUGACUGAGGCGUGUGGGCUUAGAUCUGACUUUGAACAACUUCUCAAAGGCGACUCUACAUCUGUUGGAUCCAACGGUGUCAGUUUGAGUGGUGGCCAGAAGCAAAGGGUGAGCCUUGCGCGAGCUGUGUACUCUCGAAAACCACUUCUCAUCCUCGAUGACGUGUUGAGUGGCUUGGACGCAACAACAGAAGAAAAGCUGGUUCUAGGCGUUUUUGGGAACAACGGGUUGCUCCGUAGAAAUGGCACUUCUGUGAUUCUUGCCACCCAUUCAAUUCGGCACGUCCCGCGAGCUGACCAUGUCAUUUUCAUGGAGAAUGGAGGAAAGAUUGUAGAACAAGGUCCUCCGGCUCAAUGCGCACACCGCCUGAUAGACAUUGCCAACGAAGACCGGGCUGCCUCAAAGGAAGCUGGGGAGGUCACCAAGAACCAAGUCGAGCCUUUGCAACAAACCCAUCAAGAGAGCGAUGAGCUACAAGUGAAUCAAGCUGACGACCAAGACAUGAAUCGCCAAGUAGGUGAUUUCCGCCUUUAUACAUACUAUUUCAAGUCUCUUGGAUGGCUUAACACCAUUUGUAUGGCCUCGAGUGUCAUGACAUUUGCCGUGUUUCAAAAGUUCCCUACGCUUUGGGUUCAGUGGUGGACUGAAGCAGAAGCCAAGGAGCCGGGGAAAAGCACUGGGAUGUAUGCGGGAAUCUACGGGGCAUUUUGCGGAAUCUGCCUGGCAUCCUUUUCGAUUUGCAUCCUCAUGUUGUUUCAUUAUGGGAUCCCACGCUCAUCUAACGGUUUGCAUGCGACAUUGCUCAAAGCCACAAUGAAUGCACCUUACUGGUUUCUGGUAUCAACAGACAUCGGUGAUAUCGUCAACAGAUUCAGUCAGGAUAUGUCUUUAGUAUGCAUGCAGCUGCCAGCAGCUUUCUUGGAUACGUUAUUUAACGCGGGAGUUUGCAUUGUGGGGGCUGUGCUGAUCACAAUGGCCUCUAAAUGGGCACUCACCGUGUACCCUGUCCUGAUGGUCAUUCUUUAUCUGCUUCAGAGGUUCUAUCUCCGCACAUCCCGCCAGAUGCGCCUGCUAGAUCUUGAAGCAAAGGCCCCCAUGUACUCUUACGUUCUCGAAACACUUCGUGGCAUCGUCACGAUCAAGGCUUUUGGUUGGCAGAGUUUUGCUAUAUCCCAGAAUGCUGCACUGCUGGACGGUUCACAAAGGCCAUUCUACCUCAUGUAUAGUAUCCAAAGAUGGUUGAACCUUGUCCUGGACCUCCUUGUCGCUGGCUUGGCAACCUUAAUCAUGACUCUCGCAACGCACUUGGAAGACUCCUCCGCCGGAGCGCUUGGUGUUUCGUUGCUGAACAUUUUGACUUUUAGCCAAGAUUUGACAUAUCUGAUCCGGACUUGGACCGAUUUAGAGACUUCAUUGGGUGCUAUAGCAAGGGUAAGGAGUUUCGAGGCCGAGACGCCUGACGAGCGUUCCUCACAGCAGCCUCUGGAACCUCCCAGUGAAUGGCCGUCAUAUGGAGGGAUUGAAUUUAGGAGCUUGUCAGCCAGCUACAAAGCGGGCGGUAAUCGAGUGUUGAACGAUGUAUCGGUCAAGAUUCCACCUGGGAGCAAAGUUGGCAUCUGUGGCCGUACUGGGAGCGGAAAGAGUACGAUGCUACUCACACUGCUGCGGCUGGCUGAGAUUGAGGAUGGCGAUAUUUUGAUAGAUGGCGUAUCCAUCACAAGCUGCUCUCGGGAUACGCUCCGCCAACGUGUAAUCACGGUGCCCCAGGAUCCGCUUCUCUUACCAGGAACCAUCCGAUUCAAUGCAGACCCGUUGGCUAGACAGCAAGAUGACGAUAUACUUUCUGCGCUAGAUGACUUGGGCUUACUGGACCUCGUGCGCUCUACCCCAGGUGGGCUGGACGCGCCGAUGGAUACUUUGCCACUCUCAAGGGGCCAGCAACAGUUAUUUUGUCUAGGACGUGCACUUCUCGGCGGUUCUAGAAUCGUGGUUCUAGACGAGAUGUCUUCGAGCGUUGAUUCGGUCACGGAGGCGAAAAUGAUGCAACUUGUCCAUGACAAGGCCAUGGAGAAAACAGUCGUAGCUGUUGCUCAUCAUCUCCAAACAUUACGCCAUUUCGAUUCAAUUCUGGUAUUAGAGAAAGGCUAUAUCGUCGAGAAUGGCGCACCGAAUGAUCUUUUGUCGCGAAAAGGAGUCUUUUACGAACUAUGGAAUCGUCAGUUGUAG